AUGCGGACAAAGCUGCGCUGGUUAGACUAUCGCAUCGUGGCGACCACCGGCAUCGAGUCCUCUGUUGUAGACAUCACCUGGAAGCUACUUUCCAAGGUGCAGAAUAUCUUAGAGCUCAUGUCCUUCCUCCUCCUCUCCCUGGGCUGGAAGGUCUUGAGAAGCAGCCUCGACGUUUCGGAAAUCCGCUUCGCAGUGGCAGUUUCGAUCAUCUCCUUCUACCUGGGAGUUUUCCAGGUGGCGUGCACCACGCCCGCAACCUGCUCUGGAUAUCAGCUCAGCCGCUAUAUCCUCCACUCCCUCUGUUUUCUGGUGAUCAUCGUAGCCAUGAACUUUAACCUGCAAAAGCUGGCGUCGGCCAUCUCGGAUGCGCCCGCCUCCCUGGAGAGCGGAAAGCUCUAUCGGAAGCUCACAGCCUACUAUAUCUUCCGGUGGGUCUUCCUUGGCUUCAUCAUUGCUCCCACGGUCGAGCUGUUCCUCAAGGUCACUGUGGUGCCCUGGGAUGCGCAGUGGCUGUACAUCGCCAUUCAAGAGCUGCGAACAUGGGCACCUCGGCAUGCAAGGCAAGAUGCGGCAAGACAGCGAGCUUUGUCCGGGCCGCAACCGCUGAGCCAGCACCCUUCCAAGCUAGAUGGGUCUGGUCGGUCUGGCUGGACUGCUAGCAUGUCUCGCUUGGUUCAUGGGGCUACGACAGUUGUUUUUCGGACAACGCAGGACUUAGAAAAAGACGAGUUCCUGCUCAUGCUUCGAAUGGUCUGUCCGGAACUAUGGAAAGGGAAUGUUUUGCCCUACGACUUCGUCUAUUUACAAUGUCCACGCGUGAUGAUUGUGAACUUCAUCUCUCACGACCUUUGCCUCAACUGUUUCACUUCAGUGCAUAACCAGAUCCGAGACAGCCGAGGCCACAUCGGGAAAGUACAGCAGGCUCGCUAUCAAGGCCUAGCUGAGAACCUCGGGGCCUUUUACGCCAAGGCUGGCCGGCGUGGUCUCGAGAGCGCAACGGCGCCCACAGUGUUUCAAGGGUGGCGCCAGAUACCCCUGCGCUUGGCUGUGCAGUCGUUCGUUCCGCCAGAGAUGCUUGAGCGGCUACGAGUGGAUGUGCGUAGGGCCAAAGACAGCCGCCAAGCCGCCGCGGCUCAGCGGCCAUCUCCGCCAGCAACAGGCGCGUCGCAAAGCCGGCCAGGGCGGCAACAGAGCUCAGCGGCCCAAUCUGCACCAAUAGCGGUGGCUGCGCCUACAAUCCCCAGUCCUUCGCCUGCGGCCCAGUGGCAAGCACGGCGCCCUGUGGUUGACGGCACCCAAGUGGGAGCAUCGGCCACAGGAGACGCCCCCGGUAUGUGGACAGCUGGAGACGAGAGACAGCAGCCUCCACUACGUCCCGGUCCUCCUAGAUGGCAAUUUCAUUUAGGAGAAGGCCCAGGCCUUCCACAACCGUGUGGGUACAGUCAGGCAUCGGCGAGCUCGCACAUGGCACCGGUUGCUACCCAGCCCGGUAUACCACUCAGCAUCAGUGGCAUGGUGGUUACUGAGAGGAAUGGCGUGCUCUUCUUCGACCUCUAG